AUGAAGCCCAACAUCAUCUUCAUACUUUCCCUGCUCCUCAUCUUGGAGAAGCAAGCAGCUGUGAUGGGACAAAAAGGUGGAUCAAAAGGCCGUUGCCGAGGAUCUCUCCCAAUUUCACAUACAAACACAAAGGGCCAGUACUAUUCUGGACAAAAAGACAAACAACAUACUGAAUCUAAAGGCAGUUUUUCUAUUCAACACACAUAUCAUGUAGACGCCAAUGAUCAUGACCGGACCCAAAAAAGUCAGCAAUAUGAUUUGAAUGCCCAACAUAAAACGACAAAAUCAGAACAACAUCUACGUGGAAGUCAAGAACUGCUCAAUUACAAACAAGAAGGCAGAGACCGUGCUAAACCAAAAGGUCAUUUUCAUCUGAUAGUUAUACAUCAUAAAGGAGGCCAAGUUCAUCAUGGGACACAAAAUCCUUCUCAAGAUCAAGGGAAUAGCCCAUCUGGAAAGGGACUAUCUAGUCAAUAUUCAAACACAGAGGAAAGGCUAUGGGUUCAUGGACUAAGUAAAGAACAAGCUUCGGCCUCUGGUGCACAAAAAGGUAGAACACAAGGUGGAUCCCAAAGCAGUUAUGUUCUCCAAACUGAAGAGCUAGUAACUAACAAACAACAACAUGAGACUCAAAAUUCUCUUCGAAAUAAAGGGCAUUACCAAAAUGUGGUUGAAGUGAGAGAGGAACAUUCAAGUAAACUACAAACUUCACCCUCCUGUCCACAAUCACACAGACUCCAACAUGGAUCCAAAGACAUUUUUACUACCCAAGGUGAGCUCCUGGUGUAUAACAAGAAUCAACACCAGACAAAAAAUCUCAAUCAAGAUCAAGAGCAUGGCCGGAAGGCACAUAAAAUAUCAUACCAACCUUCAAGUACAGAAGAAAGACGACUCCACUAUGGAGAAAAUGGUGUUCAGAAAGAUGUAUCCCAAAGCAGUAUUUACAGCCAAACCGAAGAGAAAGCACGUGGCAAGUCUCACAAACAGAUAACAAUUCCCAGUCAAGAGCAAGAGCAUAGCCAAAAGGCAAAUAAAAUAUCAUACCAAUCUUCAAGUACAGAAGAGAGACGACUCCACUAUGGAGAAAAUGGUGUUCAGAAAGAUGUAUCCCAAAGCAGUAUCUAUAGGCAAACUGAAGAGAAAGCACGUGGCAAGUCUCAAAAACAGGUAACAAUUCCCAGUCAAGAGGAAGAGCAUAGCCAAAAGGCAAAUAAAAUAUCAUACCAAUCUUCAAGUACAGAAGAGAGACGACUCCACUAUGGAGAAAAUGGUGUUCAGAAAGAUGUAUCCCAAAGCCGUAUUUACAGCCAAACCGAAGAGAAAGCACGUGGCAAGUCUCACAAACAGAUAACAAUUCCCAGUCAAGAGCAAGAGCAUAGCCAAAAGGCAAAUAAAAUAUCAUACCAAUCUUCAAGUACAGAAGAGAGACGACUCCACUAUGGAGAAAAUGGUGUUCAGAAAGAUGUAUCCCAAAGCAGUAUCUAUAGGCAAACUGAAGAGAAAGCACGUGGCAAGUCUCAAAAACAGGUAACAAUUCCCAGUCAAGAGGAAGAGCAUAGCCAAAAGGCAAAAAUAUCAUACAUACCAUCUUCAAGUACAGAAGAGAGACGACUCCACUAUGGAGAAAAUGGUGUUCAGAAAGAUGUAUCCCAAAGCCGUAUUUACAGCCAAACCGAAGAGAAAGCACGUGGCAAGUCUCACAAACAGAUCAAAUUCCCAGUCAAGAGCAAGAGCAUAGCCAAAAGGUAA